AUGUUCUGUAAAAUCACAUGUAGCCGCUACAAACGCGAGCCACAGAGUUGUCAACAUCCUGAAGCUGCCAUAAAAGCUCUCGUCCUCGCACAGAUGAGUUUCACACGUGCUUUACCAAUUAUCAUGUUUUGGGCUGCAUGUCAUCAGCACGUUGCAGACUGCGCGUGUCCGACUCCAAACCAGGAUGCGCGCAACAUCACUUCAUACUCCCUCCAGCUGUUGGACCAGGGACGCUGCCUCUUCACAUCCAUCCUGCCUUCAGAUACAGCUGUGAGGGUACUGGUGUGUGUCUUUGUGGUGAUGACCAUUAUCUCACUUGGUUUCAAUGGGUGCACUCUGUUUAGUAUUGGCAGUUCAGAAGACUUAUCCUGGGAGCCACGCUUUGCCUUGCUGAAAAACCUCAUAGUGAGUGAUGUUCUCCUCAUUGUCACACAAGGUCCAACAGUGAUACACUGCCUGUUACAGAAGACCACGCUACAGUACGGAGCUUGGUGUGUCACUCAGUUCUUUCUUAACACCGUUUGUGUUUUCUGCACUAUGCUUACUAUCACCUGCAUGGCUCUGGAGCGCUACCUGUACGUGUGUCUGGCCAUCUACUACAUCCGUAUACUAACCACAAAGCGCCUUUACCUCAUACUCGGGCUCACGUGGCUUAUUUCAGUGUGUUUAUCGGCAGUUAUCACAGGUUUGAUCUGUUUAGGGCACAAUAACUCAUUGUUGGGCAAACCCAUUCCAGGACUACUCUGUGAGCCGGACACCUUGGAGUCCCACCUGGGCUUUCCGCGGGCUGCUGCGAUGUUUCGCAAAGUGGUUGGGCUUAUGGUGACGCUGCUUUGCAUCUUUUCCUACUCGUUCUCAUACCUGCGCAUGUAUCUGGAGGCGCGCAACGCCGUUCAGCCUUUCCAGCAGGUCAAUGUGAGGGCGCGCAAAACUGUUUUGUUUUACUGCUCGAUGCUGCUGCUGCAGCUGCUCCCCAUCUUUCUGAAGAUAGCCUCGGAUGCUCUGUGGGAACUUGAAGGCAACAUGGCCAUGAUCCAGUCGCUGUAUCAUUCUGGAGGCUGGACCUCAGCAGGGACUCUCCACAUCAUGCUGCUGGUGAUGCUUCAGGUGCCUCCUUGCAUUAAUCCACUCGUUUAUGGCCUGCGCAACAGGGAGGUGAGGGAAGUUCUGCCCAGGCUGCUGUGGUGGAGGAGGGAGAACCGCUGA